UCCUGUUCAUAACUAAUGUUAGGAUUCUGUUCACUUAAUGCAUUUCCUCACAUAUUCAUUAUCCUGAAUCUAGGUGCUCUGAGCACUGUGGUGGCUUUUAUGCAUCCCACAGUCCAUGGAACAAAUUUUGGUGGCACCCCCUGCCCAAAGGUUUAGUGUAUUUUUGAUCACCUGGCCCUUUGCACACUGUUUUAGAGGCAGGGAUAUACCCCAGACCCAGCUGUCUUUUUCCAUCAGCCACUUGGGUGCUCACGUCCUCAUUUAUCUGAGCUCUUUAUGGCCAGUGGAAGCACUUAAGACUGGCAGGGACAUUUCCUAACCACUUCACUGGAUUGAUGCUGCUGCCAACUGACACGUCUCUGCACACCUAAAGGGUGCUGGGACUGAUGACGAGGAAGCAGAAAAGCCACACCUGGGCCAUGAUCAACAAUUGUUUGCUUAAGCCCUGAUCAAUUAAUCUACCUCUGCAAGCGGCUGGCUUUUGAAAAAUUAAUAAAAGCAAUAAGGGGAAGAAAUGAAGAUUUCCAUGCUCUUCCGCAGCACACUUGGGGAAUGGAUGCUUCAACACCAGAUCUGGAGUCAAACCUAUGUGGAGUGAUGGGCAGUGCUGGCCAAGGCCUGACUGCUCUGCCUUAUAGCCGGGUAAGCCUUCAGGAUACUGUGCUGCUUUCUGGGCUGGAGAAGCUGCCUAUAUCUCAAGAUUCUGACAGCCAGAGUUGGAGGUCUCUUGACAGUCCUAGCCCACCUGCCACCCCUGAACAACCACUACCCACCUUCUACUUGCAGUACUUUGAUAUGCUUUACCCGGAAGACAACAAUUGGGUCCCUAAGGCUCUAGGUGAGAGCCAGCAGAUCAACAGCCAAGGGAACAGGACUGAAGUGCCCAAAGAACCCGAGCAGUGCCCUAUUAUUGACAGUCAGGGUUUGAGCCUCACACCUGAUAUGGAUUACCAAGCCAGCCUUCAUCUGGAAGAGCACUCCCUGGAACAGGUGCAGAGCAUGGUAGUGGGUGAAGUGCUCAAGGACAUUGAAACAGCUUGCAAACUUCUCAAUAUUGCAUCAGACCCAGCAGAUUGGAGUCCAGGGAAUGUCCAAAAGUGGAUCUUAUGGACUGAGCACCAAUACCGCCUACCCCAGAUUGGGAAAUCAUUUCAGGAUCUUUCUGGAAAAGAUGUGUGUGCCAUGUCUGAGGAGCAGUUCCGACAGCGUUCUCCAGCAUGCGGUGAUGUCUUACAUGCUCACCUGGACAUUUGGAAAUCAGCUGCCUGGAUGAAAGAGAAGACUGCCCCUGGAGAGAUGCAUUAUUGUGGGAGUGAAGAGAAUUGGACAGAAAAUGAGGUGGAUUCAUCCUGCUCAGGCCAGCCCAUUCACCUCUGGCAAUUUCUGAAAGAACUUCUGCUGAAGCCACAUAACUAUGGACGCUUCAUUCGUUGGCUCAAUAAAGAGAAAGGUAUAUUCAAAAUUGAAGAUUCUGCUCAAGUGGCUCGGCUGUGGGGAAUCCGCAAGAACCGUCCCGCCAUGAACUAUGACAAGCUGAGUCGCUCUAUUCGGCAAUAUUAUAAGAAAGGAAUAAUUCGGAAACCAGACAUCUCUCAGCGGCUGGUCUACCAGUUUGUACACCCUGUGUGAAUGCAGACAGAGCAAGUUCUGAAAAACUGUGGGCUUGGGGACUUUUUGGAACCAUAGCACCCCUUACCCCCUGCAGUAUGAACUUUAAGAAAUGUGAAGUCAAGAGUUGGACAAGAGGCUGAGAACAUGAGGAACUGUAUUAAAGGGUCGCAGCAUUAGGAAGGACUUGCUUGCAGAACUUCUGAGAUUUCUCUAUUUCCUGAUUCUAUACAGGAAAUAAUGAAGCAAACAAACAUUUAUGGCCCAGGUAAAAUAGCAAAUAGGAAGGAACUAUUGCUAAAUGAAGUAUAUACAUUUCAUUUGGUGGGGUUCCACUUUUUUUGAGUUUAGGACAUUUUCCGGUCUGUGUGCAUUCAGAUGUAUGCUAUGAUAAACCAAGAAAAGGUGGGAGAUUGAAGAGAAGAAAGGGAGAAUGGAGGUGGAGUAUAGAGUCUAACUAGCUGAUAUUGAUUCUUUUUUUAGUGAAAUCACUAUAAGAAUAUUAUAGCAUAUUAGAUUUUGUUUUGCUUGCAACUUUGCUCAAUCUAAGCCAUAGGACAAAUCACUUAUGGCACUGGGAGAUGUUUCACUCACGAGAGCCAGGUCUCACCAUAAAUUUGUUUGGGAAGGAUUUGGUGGCCAAAGCAGUGUCAUGCCAUGCUAAACUAUCUGAAUACCCCUGCACCCCCAGCAAUCAUUUGCUUUUCAUUUAACAGGCAGAAAGUUUAGAGAGCAGGCUGUGAAAUGGUUUUGGUGAACUUACCUUGACAGCCUGCAGUCAGAGUAAUCCAGUGAUUCCUUCAAUAUACUUGGCUCAAUUUUUAGUAGCACAGGAUUAGGGGUUCAUAUGGGGUUCAUAUGGGGUACUGGAUUUUGUGAAAGUCAGUUCUUGGGGUUUCAAUGCACUGGUGUAAAAGUAGAGGAUCUGAUUGACAAUACAAUGUUAGCUUCAUGAUACGUAGAAUAGGAUAGAGUCAUAAGUAAUCCUAGGAGAACUGGCCAGAAAGUCUAUCCAGGUUUGGUAUUAUUAAAUUGGCUACUACCUUCUCAUAUAUGCAUGACUGCAAGAAGCAACUGUUUUUCGGUAUUGUUAGCGGAAGGACAGAGUCACCCAUUCUCAGUAUGUGCACAGUGAGUGAAUGAGCUUCACCUGAGAGGAAAGACAAUAGGAUCACGAGUAGUUUUCUGCCAGGGCUCAUGUUGACCCAAGGCUAGAACACUGUGGCACCUGUCUGCCUGCUGGGGCCAGUUGGCUGAAAGUCUGUGCUAAAACAAGUAGAACCAUUAGAUUUCAUGGGACAUAGUGCUGGUUGUUGUAAUGUGGUAACAUUACUGGAGUUCAUGAGCUGAUUACAUGAACAAACACAACAGCAAUGUCCUUUCUCCUGUCUUUCUGAAAAUAUGAUGUGGAUUAUUGUUGUCUACCAGAAGACAAUCCUGGGAAUUUCAGGCUACCUCCUAGCUUCACAGGGUGACUUUUAUUAAUAAUCCACUGUUGCUUGGAUGCUUUUAGUUCCUGGAUUUUAAAACAGCUAGUCCCACAUUAGGCCAACUGUAUUUGCAUUUUUGUAAGCCAGUGAUACUGAUUUAUGGCAAAGAUUAAGGUGAACAUCAUGGACAUUCCAUGCAUUAUUACUCAGGCAAAAAACAGUUGAUUGUGUGUAGUCCUUUCUCUGUCCUAUGCCAAGUUUUCCUGUUUUGUUUGCAGACUUCCGGGCUAGUGUUGCCAGCAGCCUGGGGGAAAAUGCCCUGCCCCUUUAACGGAGGUUUAAUGGGCUGUUAUUUACCAGGUUACAUUAUUUACCCUGUGCCAUGAAAAACUUCAGCUAUCCAUUUCCACACAUUAAUAAGUCUGUCUUAAAGGGGCAGGACAUUUUUCUCUAGACCUGUUGGUAAUUCUGUUCCUGACAAAAUCACUAGAAUCUUUUGAAACACUUAUAAGAGCUACUAUAAGGUAGUGGCUGCUUCUAAUAAGUGGCAAUACAGCUGCUUUUAACAGCGCUGAGCAAGCAUAACAUCAAGAAAGCAAAUAGUCAGGAGCUUGGGGAUUUUGCAUAGGGAAAGUUGUAUUUACUUAAUUUAUAAUUAAUUCUCACUCUCUCUGUAUUGGUGAGCAUGCUUAGAAUAUAAAUAGUGUUGUUCACAAUAGUUAAACCUAGUACGAACAUUUUCUGGAUCUGAAGUAGGUGAGUUCUCAUGGUACUUGUCACAUUAUGUACCAGAUGUUAUUUGAAAUCGUUAGCAGACAUUAUGCCGUGGCUGGAGUUGCUGGUCGCAGGGCUCCCUUGCCUUCAAGAGCUGCACGAUAGAUAAAGCCCCAAAAGGUGAAGGGAAAUUGUUCACACUCUCAGUUUGUGAUAAAUUUCUACUUUUGAUCCCACAGAUAGUUCUUUAAUUCUGGGUCUGAAGCAUCAAUGGAAUAUGAGACACAGCUAAUUCAUCUUAGCUUUGUAGGCUGGUGUGGAUAAGGAUAUAGCUUUAAUUUCAGCAGAGGACUGUUACAAACUCUCAAACUUUGUUAUCCAGAUUUGGAGGGUUGGGAGGGGGGUUGAUUCAAUUCACUGUGGAGUAGAGGUCAAACAUCUGGGGCAAACCUGAUCAGUGGGUGUUCUCAAUUCAUUGCCAGCUCCCAAGUCAAAAGAAUGGUGUGGAUCAUGGACGUAGGUAAGGGGGGGUUCUUGGGUUUGAACCCCCCCAUUCAUGUCCGAAGCUCCGCCCCUCAGU